AUGACAGUUGCCGUGUCAAACUUCCACGCCAUCCCGCCUGUCACGCAGGGGCUCUUAUUCUCCAUUUUCCUCGCAGCAUCGGGUUCUCUUUCUCAAAAGGAGCACUGGGAUAUGCUGCACUGGUCCAAGAAGGAUGCCUCGACGGUUCUGUCUAGAGGCUUCAAGACUGCCAUGGCACGAUACAACUAUCUGAGACGGUUCGACGAAGAUACAAUAAGGAGCCUGAUAUUUUAUUCAUUACACCAACGAACCUUGAGAGACCCAGUAGAUCCAUGGAUUCUCAACGGCAUCGUCGUGAAUAUAGCUCAUCGUCUUGGUCUCCACAUAGACGGCACGCGCCUCGGCUUCUCACCUUUCCAAACAGAAAUGAGACGACGCCUCUGGUGGCAGACCGUCCUGAUAGAAGCCAAAACGAGUGCCGCCUCAAGCAUCAGUGCUCGGGUCCUACCAUCCAGCCGGGACACGCGCAUCCCGCUCAAUGUCAACGACGAAGACCUCCAUCCGUCUAUGAACGAAGCACCUAGUGCCCGAAAAGGCCCUUCAGAGAUGUCUUACUGUGUACAUACAUACGAAGCGGAAUCACUUGCCAUGGAUAUGCAGAUCCCGUCCGUCGACGAGGUACUCUGGGGCCAGGCCUCCUCAAGCCCAGCCUCGGCUUCGGCACAUACAUCCAUGCCCCCGCCGCAGCCCUUUGACUCGCCUUUUGUUACCGCCAUACAAGAAGCCUUACGAAACUUCGACCGGACGCUGGGGCCCCUCGAGCGCCGUCUACUCUCCGACUCCGCCGCGAACCCGCUCCACGCAAUGGCACUCUACGCCCGCACCUCACUCGCCGCCAUCGUCGAAAAGGUCAUCACGCCGCUGGAGGCCGCGCCGGAAUGGGGCACGGAGAUGCACGGCCCGGACGACAAGUUCUUUAGUGUGGGACUGAUGGCGCUCGAGAUCAUGCUGGAGCAACGGCGGCUCGCGGGUCACCAGUUCGCGUGGCUCAUCGACCUCGACUUCAAGAUUCAGACAUUUUACUACCUGGGCGCGCAGCUUCAGAAUCGGGUAGUUGGUUCCUUGGCGGAGAGGGCGUGGGCUGUCAUUGAGAAGAUGUAUGCUUGCCGCAAGGACCUGUGGGAGCUCAAGGACGAGGAGAAUAUGACGCUGGCGAAUCUCCUGAUUGUCGCGUGGAGUCGGCGCGCGGAGCAUUUUCUGGGGAAUCGAGUUCUGCUGCUUGAGCCUCCUUUUGUGACGCACCUGCGAGAUGAGGUAAUGAUGAUCAAGGCCGAGGCACUGAGCCUAUUCUGA